GCAGGUAACAACUAUACCACAAGGGCAGGAAUUUUCAACUUCUUCUUACAAAGGAAUUACCCCCGAGCCAAAAGAAGAACGGACCACAGUAACACAUCCUAAAAAGAAAAUGACAAUUUCUAAUGAAGGGAAAACAAAUUCAGCGAAAGAGGGAGGAACAUCAUCUACACCAACGGAGAGUCAUUCCAUAAGAUCUCCCGUGACUCUUCCUGGUGUUCCAAUCGAAGUAUCGUCCAAAACCAUCUCGGAAACGGAGCUAGAGGUGUCCUGGAUGCCACCACAUGAGGGACGCGCAAACAUUUUGUUCUACAGAGUCAAAGUUAUCGACGUCAGUGGGGGCGGGCUUACAAGAAUAAUCCAAGUGCCGCAGUACGUUCAGUCAGUCACGGUCGACUCCCUUAAUCCGGACACGGAGUACUUGUUUGCAGUAUCAGCUGGCAAUCAACAUGGAAUUGGACCAUUGUCGGAGGAAAUGUCUGGGCGAACGAAGGCCAUAAUAGCAAGAAUAGAACCCACAAAGGACACUGAAGUGCAAAGUACGAGUCAAGAGGAGCCAGUCGUAAGACUCUCUCACCGCACAGACUUUGUCGUUGCCGGAAUGGACAAGAGUACCAGAGCCAUAUGUUUUGUGAGUGGACAGGAAUUUAUUGGUUGGUUUAAAUCAACUGGGGAACAAAUCAUUGGCACAAGUCCCAACCACAGAAUGUACGUGGAGGACGAAGAUGACAGCUAUUCGCUUGUAAUCCGCAGGCUUAUGCAAUCUGAUGGCGGGGAAUACGUUUGCCGUGGAACCAAAACGAGUGCAACUUAUUCGCUCUACGUCGAAUUUUCUGUGGAGGAUCCUCCAGACGUUCAAAACUUAUGGUUAAACCAAGAAGGUGAGAUAUUUGUCGGUGUCAAGAUUGGGUACCCGGCUCCGGAGUAUCUCUGGCAGAAAAAUGGAGUCAAACUUGACGCAAACUCAGGUCGAUUUCGUCUCCUACCCGAUGGAACCAUCAAAAUUAGUAAAGUGUCCGCCGAAGAUGCUGGAGAUUAUAAAGUGAGAAUAUCUCAAUUGAACAGACGACGGGAAACCACUGAAACAAUUAAAGUUAGGAUUUUUGACCCUCCGCAGAUCGACACCACAAAGCCAGCGGAACGCAACCUCACCUUUGGCUAUCCAACGACAUUAGAAUGUUUAGUUUCCGGUAUUCCCAAACCGGAAGUCACAUGGACCGGCCCAAAUGGAGAGACGGUCAUAGGGUCUGAGCAACGCAUUUCAUUUCAAAGCGACGGUAGUUUAAAGAUAUUUCAAGUAAACUUGAUGGAUAUGGGCAGAUGGACCUGUGAGGCGAUAAAUUCUGUGGGAAGUGCCAGCCGACAGAUUGAGGUUCAGGCGAUUUAUAUGCCGCCGGAGAUUCAUCAGCUUUCAAACAUCACCGCAAAUGAAGGAGAUUCUAAAUCAUUGAAAUGCACCGCUACCGGUUUCCCUCUCCCGAAAGUGAUUUGGCUUAGGGACAACAAAGAAUAUCCAGGACAGAUGAAAAAACCUGGCGAGAGCGUGUUGAACCUGGAUGAUCUCGGCUUAGACGACAUCUCGAAGUUUAUUUGUGAAGCUUCUAAUGCAGCAACGGACGAGGAAGGAGAAAUUAUUGUCAAGACAGUUGCUGUUGAUCUCUUUGUUAUGGUUCAACCAAGGCCAUACGAUUCAAACCUGGUCAAAGAACCCGUAUAUAGUGAACUCGGGAGCCCAGUCCCCGUCCGAUUGGCCUGUGCAUUUACCGGUUACCCUCCCCCUGAGGUGCGGAUCACAAAGAAUGAUGAUAGUGUGGUGAAUGGCAUAGAAUCAGUUUGGAUUGACAUCGUAACAGAUAGCCUCGAUGAUUACGGAGUGUACCACUGUGUCGCCGAGAAUGUGGUCAGUCUUUCCAAGUUAAAUUAUACCUUCGAAGUCAAGAGAUCAGAGGCUCCGAAGUUUACGUUAGAGCCCAAGGUCCCCUCUGGAAAUCUAACCGCAGGCUUUCCAGUGACCAUGACAUGGAACGUUUCCGGUAUUCCAAAACCGGAAAUGAGAUGGAAGAGCCCUUCGGAAGGAUAUGUAACUUUGGUCAAUCCUCGCUUUUUGUUGAGUCAAAGAAAUCUUACCAUUAAAACAUUGGAGGAAAAAGACGCUGGAAUUUGGACGAUAGAGGCGACAAAUAGCUUGAAAACCACGAAAGUUCAGGUGGAAUUCGGCACAAUAUUUGUGUCGCCCCAGAUCAAGCCGAUACCUGAUGUGGUGGCAUAUGAAGGGGAAAAUACUACGCUGACCUGCACUGCUUCUGGAGUCCCGACCCCGGAUGUAAAAUGGAUAUCAGAGGGAAAGGAGUUUUUUGAUGAGCAGAAAUCACCUGGUAAGAGUGAGAUAACUCUGCUGAACCUGGGAUUGGAAGACAACUCGCAAUUUAUUUGUGAAGCGAAAAAUGGAGCACAAGACGACAAAGGGAAGGAGCUGGUUGAUGUGCAAAGCAUGAAACUUAUCGUCAAAGUUGAACCUAAACCAGCGGAUAGUACCCAUCGCGCCAAGCCUGUUCUUUCCUACAUUGGAAACCCUGAACCUUCAGUCUUCAACUGCGAGUUCAGCGGUUAUCCGCCUCCUGAUGUAAGAAUCUUGAAGGAUGGUCAAGUUUUGGCUUAUGGCGAGGAUUCACUUUCGUACAGCGUUAGCGUUGAUAGCGUAGAUGACUUCGGUGAAUAUGUCUGCAUGGCCGAAAACGAAGUAGGGAAAUCCAAGAAGAACUACACCUUUGAGAUACGAUCUUCAGCCGCACCAAGCAGCCCAAGAGACUUCACCGGGGAACCAACAUGCGACAGCGUGGUCUUAAGCUGGAGCCACCCAGACGACAGUGGGGGAUUUCCUGUCAUAAGCUACGUUAUCACUUACAGCAAUAACACAGUGGUCAUCUCCUCUGACCUAACUGACUUCAUCAUUGACAACUUAAAACACGGCACAACAUACAAAAUCGGUAUACAAGCUAGAACAGAAGCCGGCAUCGGGAAAGAAGCAAAUGUUGAAGUGAAGACGACACAGUUUUGCCAAGUGUCAUCUUGCGUAAACGUACUUGAAGAUGGAGAUCUAUACACUUUAAAUGCCAGUCAGGGUCUCUGGCCCAGAGAUGGAUUUUGCCGAGCACUGAGUGCGCACAGAGCAUCGGAGCCUGACAUGUAUAGGCUGUCCGCUGACUAUUAUAUCCCUGGCACUAAAGGCUCAAUGGUGGUUACCUACGUGGGUGUGUUCUUUAACGCUCAGAAUGAGGACAACUUUGAUUUUAUAUUCUUCAGGGUUGGAGCAAGUGACAACCCGUGCUUCCAAACUGGUGAGAUCCAGCGAGGCCGGCUGAACUGGUAUGGUUCCCAGGUCGGCUCCUGUCCGCACGGCCCACCUCGCAAUGCACGAUGGAUACACAUUACACUCGAGGUCCGAAAGUCUGAAGUUUCAGUUUUCCUAGAAGGAGUUCACGUGACUUCUUUUCGAGGCCACUUCCCUCCUAAAGGUGCUGGGGGUGUGUUAUUGGCUAAUCGCCAUGGAAGUGUUGUAAGGUUCAAGAACUUUAUCAUCAACGAUAUACCUUCUUUGCCGUUUGAAACAAAGAGUUGUGCUACAAUGCAGGAUAACACAAAGUACUACUCCAUGAUAAGUCAAGGCGACUUCUGGUCGCAAGGAUUCUGCCGCGCUCUUCUGAAAAAUGUCAACUUGGAGGAGACAUCUACUUAUCAAGUGUCCGUGGACUUGUUCAGUGAUCUGGGUUGGAGUGGCGACAGGAUUGCAUAUCUUGGAAUUAUUUUCAAUGCCCGUGAUAUCAAUAAUGCUGACUUCAUUUACUUCAGACCUUACUGGAAGGAUCACUGUUACCAAACAGGAUACAUGAUGGGCGGACGGCAGAGGAGAGAAGGAGCCAAAACCGGGCCCUGUUCCUGCACCGUAGCAGGCGGGAAAUGGUUUAAUGUCCGCCUGGAAAUCCGCAGUAACAUCGUAAGCGUUUUCAUGAACGGCCUAGCUGCUGCAACUUUUAAAUCGCAUUUUCCUUCCACCAACAAAGGUACUGGUGUUCUUGUAACGGGCGGUUGCCGGAAGUCCAUUCGUUUCAGGAACUUUACCGUGAAAUCGCUUCCGUUACUGCCUUUUACUUCCAAGAAUUGUCAGGGCGCAAGGGAUUCUGGGAGCUAUUUCACCUUAAUGGCUUAUCCCGGAAUUGAAGACACUACUCAACCCGGUGUGUGCCGCGCAGUGUACCCGAAAAAUGUCCUGGGCACUAGUUACGUCAUCAGCGUCAGUUUUUAUGUUCAGGGGAGUCUGCUGGGUGGAAAGUAUGGCGUCAUGUUUAAUGUGAAGAACGCUGACAGCUUCGAGUUUGUUUACUUCCGACCCUACAACCGCGAUGACUGCGUUCAAAUAGGGUACCUUCAAGGCACCAAAAUCAACGAAGGGGAACGAAGAAAACCGAAAUCCCUGACAUGCUCAUACGGAUUCAUGCGGGGUGGAAGUUGGUAUGAUGUGCGCCUCAAGGUCAACGGAAGCGAAGUAAAGGUUCUCAUAGAUGAUGUAGUGGUCGCCGUUUUCAAGAGUCGAUUCCCGACUAUUGGGCGCGGAGGAGUCAUGGUGGCCAGCGGUUACAAGCGAAGAAUAAACUUCAAAGACUUUCGCAUAUUGUAAUUAUAUCAGUGAAGAGCUGUGAAUAUUUACCCAAUCCUUGGCUAUAAUGUGGCUUUGAGAAAAUCUCACGUCCCUUUUCUAAGGGAAACGGGUCGCGAUUGGAAGUUGAGUGCGACAUGUACCUCGCAAACGGCAGUUUCAAUUUAUCUGAAAGGCAUUUGAAUUUUCUUUAUUCGGGAAUAUUAAACCGAUACAAAUAGUGAACCUCUUAAUUUUCCUUGAAUAGAGUUUCUUGCCCUUUAGAAAAAUAUGCAAUUAGAAUUUCAGGUUAAAAAAAGUUAAAGGAGUUUUAUUAUGUGAUG